ACCAGCUGACAGUAACGCUUUUUACCUUUUUCUCAAUACGUUUUACUGGUGGCAACAUGUUGUGUCAGUUCAUUAAAAUUGUAGUUAAGACAACUGGUGUACUGAUCAUUUUGGGGACUAGGGUUUAAUUAGCAAUAUAUAUGGUCAGUCAACAGUUAGAAAAUUGGAAUGAGACUUAAUUAUUGGGAGAACAAAAAGUUACUGGAAAUGGACAACUGGUUUCCAAUUGGUAAGCAUGUAGAUUUUAACCUGAUUUACCCACCCUUAGGGAGAGUGAGAGGUGGCAUUAACCUGCCUUUUCAGUGCCUGCUUUGGCUGAAAGCCCAUGGGGCAGUUUUUCUCACAGGUACAUGAUGCAGGUGUUAAGAAUAUUUUUGAACAUCACUGAAUUUGAGCGGGCCAGAAACACUGGCCAGCUCAUUGCGCAGUCUUCCUGCUCAUGGUUUUGAGGUGGUUUUAAAAUCAGAAAUUUCUAACCAACUUCCUUCACUACCAAUUAAUUUUCAGCCUUGGCCAUUGCCUGGGGGUUUUGGGAGGGGCCAGAAUAUUAUCACCUGUUUUGGGAAAGCAAGCAACCAACCUUAAAUUACAUUUUUUAAAAAAGGGAAUGUGGGCCUCAAACAGCUGUGGUCAUAUUUCAUUCAGUUAAUUUUUAUCACCUUUGAAAAGUAAAAAGUUUAUGUGAGGGAGUUAAACUUUUUCAACUGGGAUUUUAUUGGCUAACUGAUCUUUGAAUGCCUAAAACUUGCUCAUUUAAUAGACGAGUAAGCCUCUUCCUCUCAAUGAAAUAUCUUAGUGCAUGCAGCAUAAGACUUUGCUUUAAAAAGUAUCUGUGGCUUUUGUUACCAAGUUUUAAUGGCUCAUUCAGUCAGGAAGAUGAUGUAAUGGCUUUAGAAGUCACUCUUACAUGCAUCUUUCUGGUGCCUUUUGCCAGGAAGCAAAUUAACUUCAUUUCUCCAUAUUUGAUGCUUUAAUUAUAUUUAUUAAAUGUGUUACCUUUUUUACUAGUAAUUUUGGUUGGAAGGUUGUAUUGUGUUUUACAUUUCUUUUUGACUUGAAAAUUUUUUUCUAAAGAGAUUAACAUUGUAGAUUAUAGACCACAACUGUUUAGUGCCUUUCUGGCCUUUUCCCCUUAACAGUAUGUCUACAGGUUACCAGGCAAUUCCUCCAAAGGUUGAGUUUUUAACAAACCUUCUUUGCUUCCUGGAGAACUGGGAUUAGAAUUUAGUUGAUUUAUCCAAUGCCUAUUCUAGGUGAAGAAGUCCGGCCAGUCUAACCUCUAGAUCAUUAGCUUUUGCCUUUUACUUCCAUAAUUUGGGAAGAGGUUAAACUGUUGUGAGGCCUUUCAGUGGUCAAUUUGGUACUGGUACAACUUGUUUUGGUGAUUAGCCAGAAAUACCCUGGGGUGGGCAUUAAAAUUGUCAAGUGUGGUAGAAAUAAAACCAGAGCAGGGUUUUUCCUUCCUUGCAUUCAGUUUUGAAAGAGGCCUCAACGCCUGGUUGGUUUUGCUUUUAAGUCCAGGAUGGAGGGAAAUGCAUGAGUUUCUUACCUUAAUAAGACUUUCAUAAGAAGGUGUAUUUAAAAAUUAAGCCACUUCAUAUGAUUCUGAUGUUGCUUAACAUGCACAGUUAAAAAUGUUUUAAAAUCUCUUGUAGGCUAAAAUGUGUAAAAUGAUAGUCUGAUGAGCUGGGGUAUGUUUGCUUGUGUUUACUAUCACUGAAUUGUGCUAACAGUUUAUACAAAUGCUAGAAACGGAGGUGUCAUUUAGCCGUCACUAGCCAUGAACAAACCUGACCUUUUAUUCCAUCGUGUGUGUAACGUGGUAUGACAUGGUUCCCUUUAGGCUGAAGACAGUGGGAGCAGCCGAGUUCAGUCCUUGCUCUCCAACUAGGCAAGGUUCUCAACUAAACCAAGGGUAUAGGAGUCUGGACUACUUUCAGGAUGUUUUUUUUAAUAACCUGAUCCACAUGGUCUCUUCCCUUCUUGCAGCUGCUACUAAAUUUUCAUACAGAAUAUCAAGCUUAUGGUCCUUUUUAUACUCAACUCAGAAUUCUAGGAGUGUAACUUCUCUUUUUUUAUUACCGCAAAAUCCAGCUGUGGUAAACUGACCAUUUUAUCAUUACUAUUUUUUUGCUUGUAGCAUCAGGAUUUUACUCCUUUAAAAUGAGAGAGAAAAAUCUGCUUUCUGGACUUAAACUCUGGCGGAGAAUUGUAGGAUUUCCCCUUGCUGUUGGCAGGUUCAGACCCUAGACAAAUAUUUGACCAAGUCUACAUUUGCAGCCUCUUGCAGAAGCUGCUUUAGCACUUUUAACGGUUUUCUUUACCCAGACUCCCCACCUUGAACAGCCAGAAACAGGUUGUCUCCUGGGCCUUGGACACAGCCAGCCCCAGGCCAUUGAAGGAAAAGCAGAGACGAAGCCUUGAACCAUCUCUCUCCAUUGUGGGGGCCAAGUAGCUGCAAUAGCUUGAGUCCAGCUGCUUUGGGUCCCCUUCCCCUGAGCCCAUCUACAAUAGUGAGGGGAAGCGGCUUAACACUCGAGAGUUCCGUACCCGCAAGAAGCUUGAAGAGGAGAGGCACAACCUCAUCACAGAGAUGGUUGCUCUCAACCCUGACUUCAAACCGCCUGCAGAUUACAAACCUCCAGCAACGCGUGUGAGCGAUAAAGUAAUGAUUCCCCAAGAUGAAUAUCCAGAAAUCAACUUCGUAGGGCUGCUAAUUGGACCGAGAGGGAACACCCUGAAGAACAUUGAGAAGGAGUGCAAUGCCAAGAUCAUGAUCCGAGGGAAAGGAUCUGUGAAAGAAGGGAAGGUUGGACGCAAAGAUGGCCAGAUGUUGCCAGGGGAAGAUGAGCCACUUCAUGCUCUAGUCACUGCCAAUACAAUGGAGAAUGUCAAAAAGGCAGUAGAACAGAUCAGAAACAUUCUGAAGCAGGGCAUUGAGACCCCAGAGGACCAGAAUGAUUUACGGAAGAUGCAGCUUCGAGAGUUGGCUCGCUUGAAUGGCACCCUUCGGGAAGACGAUAACAGGAUCUUAAGACCCUGGCAGAGCUCAGAGACUCGUAGCAUUACCAACACUACAGUGUGUACCAAGUGUGGAGGGGCCGGCCACAUCGCUUCAGAUUGCAAGUUCCAGAGGCCUGGAGACCCCCAGUCAGCUCAGGAUAAAGCACGGAUGGAUAAAGAAUAUUUGUCUCUUAUGGCUGAACUGGGUGAAGCACCUGUCCCAGCAUCUGUAGGGUCCACCUCUGGCCCUGCCACCACACCCCUGGCCAGUGCACCAAGGCCUGCUGCUCCUGCCAAUAACCCACCUCCACCGUCUCUCAUGUCCACCACCCAGAGCCGCCCACCCUGGAUGAACUCUGGCCCUUCGGAGAGUCGGCCCUACCACGGCAUGCAUGGAGGUGGUCCUGGUGGCCCUGGAGGUGGCCCCCACAGCUUCCCACACCCAUUACCCAGCCUGACAGGUGGACAUGGUGGACAUCCCAUGCAGCACAACCCAAAUGGACCCCCACCCCCUUGGAUGCAGCCACCACCACCACCGAUGAACCAGGGCCCCCACCCACCUGGGCACCAUGGCCCUCCUCCAAUGGGUAAAUCAGUACCUGGGAAGUACGCCUGUGGGCUCUGGGGUCUAUCGCCUGCAUCAAGGAAAAGGUAUGAUGCCGCCGCCACCUAUGGGCAUGAUGCCGCCACCGCCGCCGCCUCCCAGUGGGCAGCCCCCGCCUCCUCCCUCUGGCCCUCUUCCUCCAUGGCAGCAGCAGCAGCAGCAGCCUCCACCACCCCCUCCACCCAGCAGCAGUAUGGCUUCCAGUACCCCCUUGCCAUGGCAGCAAAGAUCCCUCCCCGCGGCGGCGAUGGCCAGAGCCAUGAGAGUGAGGACUUUCCGCGCCCAUUGGUGACCCUUCCAGGCAGACAGCCUCAGCAGCGCCCCUGGUGGACAGGAUGGUUCGGCAAAGCAGCCUGAGUUAUUUUUGUGGACGGAAUCGGAACGCACUGGCUCCAUAUCGUGAAAUUUUUAAUUAAUUUUUUUCUUUUUCCUUUGUUACUUUCUUAUCUCUUCCUUUCUUCAGACUCUGCCCAAGGAGAUGCUUUCCCCGGUCUUCUGCUGCAAUUAGAAUACUUUCCCUUCACUCCAUUCUUCUACCCCUGCCAAGGAGAGGGGAACAAAUGGUUUCAGUCACAGGUGGCAUUAAUGUCAGGCCUCAUGGGCAGGUGGUGUCCUUUGGUUCUCAGUUUGUCCAGGGACCAUAGCCACCCCAAAGAUGUUGUCUUUUAAAGUAUGAAGUUUGUCUCUGUCACUCUUGUUGAAGUUGCCCAUGGCUGGUUAAUCUCCAGCACCUGCAUCCAUCCUGCACUCCUGCCUGCAGUAGAUGGUACAGCCCAAGCCACUUUGGCCCUGUCAGCCUAGAGUUGUUCCUGUGCUUUGACCACCUAAGCUGCCACAGAUUCCAUUUGUUCCACUCACCUUCCUUGAAAGCUUCCUUUUUCAUUUUGUUUUAAUCCCAAAUGUCUGAAUGUUUUGCAGUGUCAAGGGGUUUGAGCCCCUUAUUCCUCUUUCUGCUCCCCACCCCUCAUGGAGUGAUUAUGUUAAUGAUGUGUAACACACGUUCUCUUAACUGGUUUAUCUACAGAAAUUUCUCUGGGCUUUUUUUUCGGUGUUUGAUUCAACACUGCACUAAAUGGGGGGGGUGUUCCAUUGAAUAAAAGAGCAGUGUGGUUU